GUCUAUUGCGCGUAUGAUAUUAGGUUUUUACGCUGACAGGACGCCGACUUCAAAGGGACAUCGGCAGUUCAUAUAAAAUGCAUUGCAGUUUGAUUUGUAAACUUGUUUUCCGUCUGAUCGAUUCUGCUCUUUUCACAUCUCACAUGCGACAGGCUAAGUCUUCUACUAGUGGCUGAGACAACGUAGAAGAGCUCAAGGUCAGUGAAACUGGCAUGCCUCGCUAACAGAAGAAACAUCUAUUUUCAGGAUAGCACUAUAAACCCCUCUCAGAGGACACCAUGCUGAACUACACAUUAAAUGUGUGUGUAAUUUACUAACAGCAAAGCUUUUGGCAAGACAACAUUGUCUGGAAUGCACUCACUCAACAGGUUCUCCUUCUUUCUCACCAUCUGAGACAAGGUCGACUGAUAGAGCAACGCUCUCCACAGUGAAUGGGACCAAAGGAACGUGGUGUGAUGCGGUUCAUGUAUUGAUUCUGCUUGAACACCUGCUUUGAUGACGCCAAAAGAUAACGAGGCUACACCCACCCACUUGAGGUACAGGACAACUGAUACAAGGGGAAGUCUAUAUAGCCUAAACCCUGACACCUGUUGUUCAAGGGUAUCACAAAUUGGAUCCUUGCAUCGAGGUCUAACCAUUUGAAAGGGAUUAUAUUUGCGUAGGAGCAGAUGUCAAUAAUCAUGUCUCAUUGCUGGGGUUACGGACCAUCUGACGGACCUGACAAGUGGUGUAAGCACUUCCCCAUUGCUAAUGGGCCCAGGCAGUCUCCUAUUAAUAUUAUUUCUGGCCAAGCAUCCUACGAUUCUGCCCUGGAGCCUCUCAAACUGAACUAUGACCCAUCCAACUCCACAGACAUUCUGAACAAUGGCCAUUCCUUCCAAGUUGGCUUUGUGGAUGAUACUGACAGUUCAACACUGACCGGAGGCCCCAUCACCGGCACAUACAGGCUGAAGCAGUUCCACUUCCACUGGGGAGCCAGUGAUUACAGGGGCUCUGAGCACAGCGUCAAUGGGAUCAAGUUCCCAUGCGAGCUCCAUCUGGUGCACUGGAACACCAAGUACCUCAGCUUUGGUGAAGCUGUUAGCCAUCCCGAUGGUCUUGCUGUAGUUGGAGUGUUUCUGAAGAUUGGUGCUGCAAACCCCAGACUACAAAAGGUUCUGGAUGCUCUGGAGGCCAUCAAAUCAAAGGGUAAGCAAACUACGUUUUCCAACUUUGACCCCAAAACUCUGCUGCCUGACUCACUGGACUACUGGACAUACAAUGGCUCCUUGACCACUCCCCCUCUGCUGGAGAGUGUCACCUGGAUUGUCCUGAAGGAAUCAGUCAGUGUCAGCAUAACCCAGAUGGGUAAAUUCCGCAGCUUGAAGUUCAGUGGGGACGGAGAGGCACAUUGCUGCAUGCAGGACAACUACAGACCCACUCAGCCUCUCAAGGGACGCAAGGUCCGCCGGUCCUUCAAGUAAACAGCCACGUGUCACGCCAUCCAUCUUCCCCAGGUUAUAUAUAUCGUGUGCCAUUUUAGCACAUGCAUUGGUGUCAGAAUCUGCUAAUUGUUAACCCCAUUGACAAAACGAUCAGUAAAUCCUACUAAAUAGAACAUGUAAACCUAAACCAAUGCAAUUUAAUAACAAGAGCCAGUGCAGAUGAGAUUCAUGCGCUGGUAUGGAUGGACAGCAGCUCCUGUACUUUAUAUCCAUGGCCUGCCAGCCCCUCCUGUAAUCCCUGACGAUCAGCCUCAGGAUCACCCCAGAUUAAUGUCAUUUAGCUGCUUGCCUGCCCCUGCAAUAACAGAUGACAGUCAGUCAGUCAGAGAUAGAGGCCUUUAAUGGUAUAAUACUACAGGGCUUUUUUCUUCUUCUCUACUCUCAAUAAGCACAAACAGUUGCUAUGCAAGAGAUGGAAUCUUGAAUGAAUCCUUAAACACUUUCCAUUUUUGUAUUGUAUCCUCACAUCGUCAUCUAUGUAUUGUUUGAUUUUGUCACUUUAGAUUACAGGUCCAUGCCAAAAAUAAGAGAUGCAAUUUAAGUUUUAUAUAUAUAUUUUUGUACUCAUAACUUACCUCUCUACCUACCGUCACCCCAGUGCAUUAUCGUUGUCUUAAAAUCAUGAGUGAAAGAAAAUGUUGUGUGAGGUGUCAUUAUGUCAUCCAAGUCCCAUCCACUAUAAUGAAAUCCUGUGUUAAUAUCGGUAACCUUUUAUAAAGUCAAUGUUUAUGGAAUGACACAUCUGUUGGAAAGCUUUGCACAUUUUUUGGGGUAUAUUGAAUUACCACACUACAGAAAUGUCAGUUGCCCUUUGGCUGUGUGGGAUCAGCCUUACCCAGCUAGGGAAACAGAGACCCCACUGUUGAUAAUCAGACAUCUUCCUUUUAAGUAUAGACAGAAGACCUAUUUUGCAGUCAUGUGCCCUUAACAAGGAACUAUUCACCUAUGAAUUCUCCACCUCUGUGGUUCAGGACAAGUUAAUCAAUCACGUUGUGUGGUACAAACAACAGUCACUCCAAUUAAAUAUGUCUUUGUGAUUAACCCAUUCACAUCCUUGUACAUAAUCAAUAUGCGCCUCAGAGCAAAUUACUUUUGGUGUAAAUGCUUGGAUUUUGGUGUCAAAAUAGUUAGUAAAAGUGUCUAGACAGGCCACAUUGAAAUGUUAAGAUUAUCGUACUUCCAGUGUCAAUCAAAGUUGGGAUUUUGAGAAAAUGUUUAAAAUGACUUCAGCAUAUCUAUGUUGAAAAGCAUAUAGUAUUGUUCUUUGACCUGUUCUAAACCCAAAUAUGCCUAAUAUAUGAUUCAACUCAGUUGUUUGUGAUGUACAGCCAUUUCUGAAUAGUACUAUAUUUAGUAUUUGGACACAUGGGGUUACUGUUUUUUUACACAUUUCAAGAAUUAAGUCAUGUGAAUACAAUCAAAUGAUCAGAAUAAUUUUUGGUAUAUAGAUUGUCUGGACCAAUAUACACUGCAUAUACAAAACCUGCUCUUUCCAUGACAUAGACUGACCAGGUGAAAGCUAUGAUCCCUUAUGAUCCCACAUCAAUCAGUGUAGAUGAAGGGGAGGAGACAUGUUAAAGAAGGAUUUUUAAGCCUUGAGACAAUUGAGACAUGGAUUGUGUAUUUGUGCCAUUCAGAGGGUGAAUAAGCAAGACAAAAUAUUAAAGUGCCUUUGAACGGGGUAUGGUAGUAGGUGCCAGGUGCACCGAUUUGAGUGUGUUAACUGCAACACUGAGUUUUUCACACUCAACAGUUUCCCAUGUGUAUCAAUAAUGGUCCACCAGCCAACUUGACACAACUGUGGGAAGCAUUGAAGUCAACAUAGUCCACCUCAAUGCCCCAACGAAUUGACUGUUCUGAGGGCAAAAGGGGGAAGGUGUUCUUAAUGUUUUGUGCACUCAUUGUAGUUGUCUAUUUGUAUUAUUUAAGGAUCCCCACACUCCUGGGGUCUUGCAACAUUAAGGCAGAUAUAUAGCAUUUUAAAUAUUACAUUUCUUAACACUUUACCCAAUACAUUUAGCGUGUUCCUUCAGGCCACUACUCCACUAUCACAUAUUUACAAUACAACAUCCAUGUGUACAUGUGUGUGUGUGCCUUAUGAGUAUCUGUGCCUGUGUGUGUGUCUCUUCACAGUCCCCGCUGUUCCAUCAGAUGUAUUUGUAUCUUUAAAAAAAACUUUUAUCUGAUUCUACUGCUUGCAUCAGUUACCUGAUGUGGAAUAGAGUUCCAUGUAGCAAUGGCACUAUGUAGUACUUUGCACCUCCCAUAGCCCUGUGCACCCCCCCAUAGUCUGUUCUUGACUUGGAGAUUGUGAAGAGACUUGCUGGCAUGUCUUGUGGGGUAUGCAUGGGUGUCUGAGCUAUCUGCUAGUAGUUUAAACAGACACCGCGGUGCAUUCAGCAUGUUAACACUUCUUACAAAAACAAGCAGUGAUGAAGUCAAUCUCUCCUCCACUUUGAGUCAUGAGAGUUUACAUGCAUAUUAUUAGUGUUAGCUAUCCAUGUAUAUAUAAGGGCAAGGCGUGCUGCCCUUUUCUGAGCCAAUUGUAAUUUUCUCUCUUUGUGGCACCUGACUACACGACUGAAAAGUGCGACAAAAUUAGGGACUGCCUUGUUGAUAGUGUCGUUAAGGCAGAGCAGCACUUUAUUAUGGACAGACUUCUCCCAUCUUAGCUACUGUUGUAUCAACAUGUUUUGACCAUGACAGUUUACAAUCUAGGGUUACUUAUUCAAUUUCCACAUUGUUUAUUACACUAUUUAGUUGAGGUUUAUGGUUUAGCAAAUUAUUUGUCCCAAAUACAAUGCUUUAGAUUUUGAAAUAUUUAGGACUAAGUUAUUCCUUGCCACCCAUUCUGAAACUAACUGCAGCUCUUUUUUAAGUUGCAGUGAUUUAACUCGCUGUAGUAGCUGAUGUGUUGAGUCAUCCACAUACAUAGACACACUGGCUUUACUCAAAGCCAGUCACAUGUCAUUAGUAAAGAUUGAAAAAAGUAAGGGGUCGACCGCUGCCCUGAGGAAUUCCUGAUUCUACCUGGAUUAUGUUGGAGAGGCUUCCAUUAACCCUUGCCAUGUACGAUCACAUAUUUGUGAUCAUUGUUGACUGGUCCCUGCAGCAUACCAUCACAAAUAUGUGAUUGGAACAGUAGUAACAGAACAUAUGAUGAAACAAACUUGUCUAAACAGCAUUGUUUUCUGAAAAGCAUCUAAACAAUGUUUUGUACUGCUGGGAAAUAAAGGUCUUCACAACUUUA